AUGUCAACUGUAUUAUCAGCAUCAUCAAGGUCUCUUCUAGGGAGGAAAAUAUUUAAGAAUUCUUUUUCCAGUUGUGAUAAAAUAGUGCUGUCGACGAUGGAAUCAAGGCGCUGUUAUAGCAAUGCUGAGAAAACGUUGAAGGAAAGAUUUGCUGAAAUUUUUCCAGCAAAAGCUGAAGAAAUUAAAGAGUUGAAAAAGAACUACGGCAAAACGGUUAUCGAUGAGGUUAAACUAGAGCAAGCGUACGGCGGUAUGCGUGGUAUUAAGGGCCUAGUUUGGGAAGGUUCGGUAUUGGACCCAGAAGAGGGUAUCAGAUUUAGAGGCAAAACGAUUCCGGAAAUUAGAAAAGAUCUUCCAAAAGCUUCGGCUGACUCGGACGAACCUCUGCCAGAAGGUUUGUUUUGGUUACUAUUGACCGGCGAGGUCCCAUCGGAAGCUCAGGUGAAGGCUUUAUCUGCGGAUUUGGCUUCAAGAUCAGAGUUGCCUGAACAUGUGUCUAAUCUACUAGAUAACUUACCAAAGGAUUUGCAUCCUAUGGCACAAUUUUCGAUUGCUGUUACUGCUUUAGAAAGUGAGUCAAAAUUUGCAAAGGCUUAUGCUCAAGGCGUUGCCAAGAAAGAUUACUGGAACUAUACUUUUGAAGAUUCGUUAGAUCUUCUAGGUAAAUUGCCAGUGAUUGCUUCAAAGAUCUACCGUAAUAUGUUCAAGGACGGUAAACUCUGCGAAAUUGAUCCAAAUGCUGAUUAUGGUAAGAACUUAGCCAACCUUUUGGGUUUUUCGAAUAAGGAAUUUGUUGAAUUAAUGAGACUAUAUUUGACUAUUCAUUCUGAUCAUGAAGGUGGUAACGUAUCGGCUCAUACUACUCAUUUAGUUGGUUCUGCUUUAUCAUCACCAUAUUUAUCAUUAGCUGCUGGUUUGAAUGGUUUAGCAGGUCCAUUACAUGGUCGCGCAAAUCAAGAAGUCUUGGAAUGGUUAUUCAAAUUGAGAGAAGAAGUUAAUGGUGAUUAUUCGAAGGAAACUAUUGAAAAAUACUUAUGGGAGACUUUGAAUGCAGGUAGAGUUGUUCCCGGUUAUGGACAUGCUGUAUUGAGAAAAACCGAUCCCCGUUAUACAGCACAAAGAGAGUUCGCUCUAAAGCAUUUCCCAGAUUAUGAAUUAUUCAAAUUGGUAUCAACAAUUUAUGAAGUUGCUCCAAAAGUAUUGACAAAACAAGGUAAGACAAAGAAUCCAUGGCCAAAUGUUGAUUCGCAUUCUGGUGUUUUAUUACAAUAUUACGGUUUAACUGAAGCCUCUUUCUACACAGUAUUAUUUGGUGUCGCAAGGGCAAUCGGUGUUUUGCCUCAAUUGAUCAUUGAUAGAGCUGUUGGUGCCCCAAUUGAAAGACCAAAAUCUUUUUCGACUGAAAAAUACAUUGAAUUGGUUAAAGGUAUUAAGGCAAAGAUGUAA